GCGACGGAAUGGUUAAUGUUUGAUAGAAAUGUUGGAGGAUAUAGAUAGUGUUGAUGAUAAACGUUUUAGUAAUGCAUUUAGAAAAAAUCCACCCGUUGAAAAUAGCAGGAAAAGAAUUACAUUUGCAGAUGAGGAUGAUCCAUUGGUCAGUUUGCUAAAUGAUAAGGAGGAUUUGUUAUCGAGUCAAAAGAUUCCAAUAGCAGCAAAAGAAAAGCGAAAUGUACUAGAUGAUUUGUUCAGUAAGAAAACUUCUGAAUUAUUGAGUUCGAAGUCUGAAAAGGAGAUUGGCUUGAUGUCUGCAUUAAAUACUACAGAAAUGGAAAGACCAAAGUCAGAUGAUAAGGCCAAAAAAUUAUCAUUAAUGCAAGAUCUAUUUGGAGAUAUGAAUACAACAUUACCAUUGAAAGAAUCAGUUAGUAAAAGAUCUGUACAAUUGGAAUUGGAUGUUACACAACAUUCAGCUGAAGUUUCUAAGACACAAUCACAGCAUUCAACAUAUGCACCAACGUCUUUUGGAACAAGAGAAUCUCGUAGAGGCAAAAGAACUUCGGAGAUCAUCAAUGACCCUCUAGGAUUAUUUUUCUUGGAUACAUCAAAAGCUGAGCAGACUACAACAGAAAAACGUACAAUGUCUACAGAUCUUGAUAAACAGAAAUUAGAAAUUAAAGAACAUUUACCAAAUUGGUUAGAACCUAAAAAAUCAGAAGAUAAGAAAAGUAGUGAUUAUGUUCAGGAUAGAGUAACGCCUACCGAAGAAUUAUUUAGCAAACAUAGGAGAUCUAGUUCUGAUAAAAUUAUUCAAGAUAUACCACAAGGCGAUAAGAUAAUGGUAACUAAAUCACUGCCACAUGAGAAACAAAAAUUGUCAAAUUUAUCAGAUAAUCAAGAGAUAGAAAUCAAUGAAUAUGAAAAACAGGAAAUUGAAGAAAAUUAUUCUAAACAAUCCAACACAAAGGUUCCAAUUACUUCUGAUAUAAAUACAAAUUCGGAAGAUGUGCGUAGUAUCCUAAUUCCUAAAAGAAUAGACUAUGAAAAAACAAUUCAUAAUUUAGAAUUGGAAAAGUCUCAUUUAUCAGUGACAUUACAUAGCUUAAACGAAAAAUAUAAAAAUGAGAUAAUGAUUUUAGAUGAGUCUUACAAGCGGCAAAUAGGAUUCUUGCAAGAAAGAACAGACACUUUGGAAAAGAGAAUGCAACAAGAACUUGAGUGUUUAGAGGCAGAUUAUGAAGCAAAGAUUGAAAAGCUGAAAAGUGAUAAAGUACAAAUUGAAACAUUUUAUAAAGAAGAAGUGCAGAAUUUAAAGAAAGAACAUGCACAAUUUAUAGAAGAAAUUUAUGAACGUCAUUUUCAAAACGUAAAACUGCUGCAAAAAGAGCAUUUUGACACAAUAGAAAACAUAUUAAAAAUGAGAGAAGUAGAGAAUUUAGCUAUGACAACCAUAGCGACCCAUAAGACUGACUUGCAAGAUUUGUUACAAAAAGCUGAUUUUAUUAUAGAGAAUAUAAAAAUUGUGCAAGAAAAGACUGAUCAAAGAGACGAUCAAAGUGUAAAGUUAAGAGAACAUUAUUUAAAAAAUCAGGAGGAAGACAUGCAAAUACAAAAUGUAGAAAUCAAGAAGCAACAGAAAUUAUUGGAACAAGAAUAUGAGAAAAUAAUGAAAGUAGCAGAUAGAUUAGAUUCGCACGUUACACAAUUAAUGCUCGAAUUAGAGAAAAAAAGUGUCGAGCUUAAUAAAGCAUUGGAAACAUUGCAAAAAAGAGAGCAAUCUUUGUCACAUGAAAAAGAAUUGUUUGAGGAAAAAGUACAAUGGGAGCGUAAUCAUUUACAGGCUUUGAGAGAAUCUUGGUUCAACGAACAAGAGAAACAACUGAAAACUUUAACGAAGGAGAAAGGAAUGAUAGCAGCUAAAAAGAAGCAAUAUGAAGUUUUAAAAACAAUAAAAAGUAAUUCGGAUAAUAUUACAAAGAUAGAGUUAGCAGCUGCUAUAAAAGCAGCACAAGAUGCCACUAUACUUGCAAAUCAAGACCGAUUGAAAUGGCAAGAAAAAAUUAAAUAUCUUGAAGUACAACAACAAGCCUUACAGGAAAGAGAAUACCGGCUUUUAGCACGUGCCCAAGAUCUCGAUAGUUUUACACAGAUCGCUUUUGAGAAAAAUGAGGAAGCCGUUAAAUCACUGAGAGAUGCUCAUCACAUCGAAAGUGAGCAUAAAACUAAAUUUGAUCCCCAUUACAGGAAAUUUGGGGAGUUCAAUUUGGCAAGUGAAAAAUUGACUUUGGAGAAAAUAAAAAAAAGUACAAAUACCCCAUAUAAUUACAAACGAACGUUAUCUAAUCAACAUGAGUUUCAAGUUACUACUCAUUUUACAGAAGUUGUUGAUCCUCAAUUAGUAAUGUUGAAGUUGAAUUUGGAUGAUCAGUUGGAUAAUAUUCAAUAUACAUGACUGCCAUGAAAUUUUGA